AUGAAGCACUUUCAUGUUUUCCAUUUACUUAUCUUGAUUUCAUUAACGGCAUCAACAGAAGCUGUAAGUUACUCCAAAAGAGGAUGCAAAGAUAUGUGUGGGAAGGUCAGGAUUCCAUACCCUUUUGGAAUCGGAUCAAAAUGUUCUGCCAAUGAAUGGUACGUUGUUCAUUGCAGAUCCUCAAAACCAUAUUUGCCUGCAUUCAACAACCUGCAAGUGUUGGCUGUAAGCUUGGAAAACCAAACAGUGACUGUUAAUGCCUCAAUGAUCUCUGAUUGUCAGAAUCCGAUAAGGAAUAGUAUUCAAAUUCUAAGUGUUAACCUCAGCGAGAGUCCCUUUGUGUUUUCCAAAUUACAAAACUUGUUCAUUGUUGAAGGGUGUGGCAAUGCUGUCAUCAUGGACCACGAAAGUGUGCUCACUGGAUGUUCAACGACUUGCCGCAAUGCCACUGUCAAAGAAAUAAAUAACUGUUUUGGCAUCGAUUGUUGUCAAACCACAAUUCCUCACUAUCUAAAGUCGUAUGUUGUAGAUCUUACCGGCUUGGAAAGACUGGGCGGAGAUGGAGAAUGUGGGUCGGCCUUCUUGGUGGAUAAAAAUUCAUACGUUGAAGGAAGCGUUUCUGUUGCUAGGGACAACGUCUUUGUUCCUAUAUCACUUUUAUGGACCCUCACAGACCACGACUUCGACGCAAUACAUGGUUGUUGGCAAGCACACCGUAGAAGACUCAAUUUGGAUCUGGGUAAUGGUAUUUCUUUGGAGUCUACAAAGUGCGAAUGUGGUUUUGCACAAGAAGGAGACCCGUAUUUACUCGAUGGAUGCAAAACAUCUGAAGAAUGUAGACGGUGUCAUCGUAGUGGGCGCGGCUGUUAUAGCGAGAACAUACUUAAUGGCGACAUGAAGCUGAUCUCAAACACCACUUGUCAUCCUCGAGAAAUAUACGAUAGCGAUGAUUCUCGAAGCAGUGAAACAUCACUAGGUGUUGUACUAGGUGUUAGCAUAAGCAUAGGACUGAUUAUACUAAUGGCAACCGGUUAUGGAAUGUACCAAGCCAUCAAGAAAACAAAAGCCAAGAGACGAAAGAGAAGAUUUUUUAAGCGUAAUGGUGGUCUACUUCUUAAACAACAACAAGCAGCUGAUGAUACUGGUUUAGUUGAUCAUACAACCAUACUUUUCACCUCCAAGGAGUUGGAAAAGGCCACUGACAAUUUUAACGAUAACAGAGUUCUUGGUCGAGGAGGUCAAGGUACAGUUUAUAAAGGCAUGUUAGCUGAUGGAAGAAUUAUAGCAGUCAAGAAAUCUAAGGUUGUUGAUGAAAGUCAACUAGAGCAGUUCAUCAAUGAGGUUGUCAUUCUUUCACAAGUCAAUCAUAGAAAUGUGGUGAAAUUAUUGGGAUGUUGUCUAGAGACAGAAGUUCCUUUACUUGUCUCUGAAUUCGUCUCUAAUGGCACCUUGUACGACCUUAUUCAAGACGAUACUGGUGAGUUCCCAAUUUCUUUGAACAUGAGAUUAGAAAUAGCUACCGAGGUUGCAGGAGCACUCUCAUACUUACAUUCGGCAACUUCUAUUCCAAUAUACCAUAGGGACAUCAAAACCACUAACAUACUCUUGGAUGAGAAAUACAAAGCUAAAGUUUCUGACUUUGGAACUUCAAGGUUUGUAUCGAUAGAUCAAACUCACUUAACUACAUUAGUCAAAGGGACAUUCGGUUACUUGGAUCCAGAGUAUUUCCAAUCUAGCCAGUUCACUGAAAAGAGUGAUGUCUAUAGUUUUGGGAUUGUUUUACUAGAACUAUUAACAAGAGAAAAGCCAAUUUCCUUGACUAGAUCAGGUGAAAAGAGAUCUUUAGCUACGUAUUUCAUGUUGGCCAUGGAAGAAGGACGUGUGAUGUCUAUUUUUGAUGCAAUGCUUGUUAAGGAAGGUUCUAGAGAUGAGCUCUUGGCAAUGGCUAACUUAGCUAUGCGAUGCUUGAAUUUCAAUGGAAAGUACAGACCAACAAUGAAAGAAGUAGCUAUCGAGUUAGAAGGUAUGAGAAUGUCGCAUGUGCCUUCUACGAUUGAAACUAAUUUUGGAAACGUGUACUACAGUGAAGAUCGAUCAAUGCUAAUGAAUGAGGAGUCAACAUCAACAACAAUGAGUUUCACAAAAAGUACUAAUGAAUGAUUCGACAAGAUAAUACGUAAGUUUAUUGUUUAAGUGAGUCUUAAUUUCUUCCA